AGUACCUUUCACAAGCAUUCUGAGGUUUUCGCUGAUCCUCCAUGCUGUUCCCUCUAAGGCAUCACCAAGUUCAUUUACAUUAAAACACAGAAGGAACUGACAGUUAUAUUGAGUGCAUGURUGCUGGGCUGUGUUCCAAGGGCUCUAGAUAUUUUCUUCAUAUUUUUGAGGUGCUACUGAGUGACAGAGAGCCAUAUGUAUGCAGAGCAUGCGCCCUACCAGUGUUACUCCCACCAAGUCCUAGAGGCUUUAAUUCAUUCACUCCUCACAUCGGCUCCCUGAAGAUAGAUACUGUUGAUAUUCCGUUUCAUUACCGAGGAAACUGAGGUACAGAGACUUUACUUGAGGACCGAGGAUUCGAACACCUGUCACACUAGAGACUGGCUAGGGCUGGGUAUCCUCAAGCCGCCCGACCGAGUCUGGGGCAGCCAUCUUGCUUGUAGUCUGCAACGACCACAACUCCCAGCAUCCCUCGAGGCGGCGGCUCUCCUUCCACACACAACAAAUCCCGGCGUGCCCCUGGGCGGCCCGGGGUGGAGGGUUCUAGAAGGCGUGACGUGGGGUCGAAGCGGGCUUGGAGGCGGGCGCCUCUCGGCAGUCGCAGUGGCGGCAGCUGCCGGGCCUGGGGACGCGGGUGGCCGGGGCCGCGGUCGCAGCUUCCUCGACUCUCCGGCCAUGGCAGCGCUUGGCCGGCCCUUCAGCGGCCUCCCCUUGAGCGGCAGCUCGGACUUCCUGCAGCCGCCGCCGGCCUUCCCCGGCCGGGCCUUCGCGCCGGGAGCCGACGACUCGGAGCUGGCCCCCCGGCCGGGACUCCGCGCCGYCCCGAGCUGCCCCGGCGGGAGCGCGGCGCGCGGACGUGUUUCCGUUCACUGUAAAAAGAAACACAAGCGAGAGGCGGAGGAUGAUGAGUGUCCAGUAAGAAAGAAACGACUUACUGAAGCAGAACUUUGUGCUGGUCCAAAUAAUUGGAUUCUCUGUACGCAUCAGGAUGUAGAGGGUCAUGGAGUAAAUCCAUGCACUAGUGGUGGCCUUUCGGUACCUGGAAUGUUGGAUGCUGUUUUUGAAGAAAUGGAUCAGACAUCUGGAGAACCACAAUGUGAAGUUGCCCGAAGGAGGCUUCAGGAGAUUGAGGACAGAAUAAUUGACGAAGAUGAAGAAGUCGAAGCUGACAGAAAUGUUAACCAUCUCCCCAGUCUUGUCCUUUCUGACACCAUGAAAACAGGUUUGAAGAGAGAAUUUGAUGAAGUCUUUACAAAGAAGAUGAUUGAGUCUAUGAGCCGUCCUUCCAUGGAGCUUGUGCUCUGGAAACCUCUCCCUGAACUCCUUUCUGAUAAGCCAAAGCCAUCAUCUAAUGCUAAGAACUACACGGGAGAGAGCCAAACUAAACAUGCAUCUGCUGGCACUGCCUUCCCGCAGAGGACUGAACUGUUCUUGGAACCUCGGCAAACAGGGAUGCCUCUUUACACUAGUUUGGAAACAGCUGCUAGCACAGAAGAAGAGAUGGAACUCUAGAAACCAGUUUCUACACUACAGUUGUCAAAUUUAGAAGGCUCCUGUGUUUAGUGAUGAGCCUACUUGCUUAGUAUAGGGACUUGAAAGUUUUAUGAAACGGGUGUAAUAAUAUCUCCACCUGUGACUUGGGGUGGGACUCUCAUUUUGGGUAGCCAUUUAUUGACUUCAACUUUUUGCCAAGGAAGCUUGUCUUAAGGGAAAAGUACCUAGCAGGCUUAUUAAAGGAGUGUUAGUCUCCUCAAAGGCAAGUAUAGAAGCUGUAUGUAUGUGUAAGGGUGACUGAAGUCAUCUGUCACUUUGUAAGCCAUUCAUAAACUUGGAGAACAUUCUUGAGUAGAAAAAGAUGAGAAAGAGGGAGUCACAGCAUAGUCUGUGGAUUUGAGCUAUUUACAGCGGGGACUAUAUGUGAUUGGGAGCAGGAGGAAAGAAAGCAUUAGCUUAAGCCUCUUCCUAAAAAAUUUAACAGAGGCUAUGAAAUGUGUGUAUUAGUUGUCAAUUCAACAUAGCUGUGUUGAUUAUAUAGCCAGCAUGUGACUGGCUAUAAAUAGCAUGUGGCUCUCUGUGCCUCAGGUAAAUGCAAUGAAAAUACAAAGAAAAGGUUUUUUCUUUCUAAUGUUGCUCCUUGGUCUCCCUUGCAGAGUUGAUAAACCAGGUUGUUCCGCAGUGUUUACAGCUUAAUUAACUUUGAUAGUUAAAAAGAUUGUGAGCUAACCCAUCUGUAAACUGCCUAUGGGAGAAGCAAGCAUCCUUUAAUUAAUCCUGAGGAAGUGCAGUGUCAGCUGAACCCAGCAUUGAUAACCUCUA